CCCAUCUGCUGGGAUCAGUCAGGGUUUGUACUUCAGAGCGGGAGCACGUUUCUUGAGCCGCUGAGAGAUCUCCCAUGUGGUGUCUGUGGUGUUCCGUGCAGUGCUGGUAGAGGCGGCGAGUGGAAAGAUGGUGUCUAGUGUGUGUCGCGGGUCAUACCCAAGCAUGACUCCUCAUGCAUCGCCCUCACGGAAGCCAAACAUCGACCCCCAAAAGGAUUAUUUUUCGCCGCUUCAAGUGGAAACCUCGGUGGAGUAUGACCUUCCAGCACACAUCUACCCGCCGAAGGGCUCCCAGCCCAUCCUCAUGAUCCACCCGGGAUACAUGUCUGCCGUCCGGGCACGAUCCCGCGCCGUCGUCACCCCGUCGCCUACUACUAUGGUGGCCACGUCGGGGGCGGCGCGCCCGCUGGCGCCACUACAGCUGCCCCAGCAGCAGCAACAGACGCAGCAGCAGCAGGUGGCUGGUGCCCGGUCCUCCCGCACCGCACAGCCACGCCCUUGGUGUAUGUGUGGUAACCCCAACUGUAAUUCAUCUAGUGUCAAAUCUAUGAAUGUACAGAGUGCGAGAAACUUGCAAAAUGUUCAGAGCCAGAGUGUAGUAAGAAGUGUUCAGAACCAGAGUGGUGCACGAAAUGUACAGAGCCAGAGUGUGUCUAGAAUUAUACAAAGUCAGAGUGCCACCAGAAAUGUACAUAACCUUAGUGUCCCAAGAAGUGUUCACAGCCAGAAUACAAGAAGUGUACAAAGUGCUCGUGAAGGAAGUAUUGUGGGAUUACCCAGCAGGAACGAAGUGGUUCUACUACAUCAGCAACAGCAACAGCAGCAACAACAACAGCAGCAGCAGCAGCAACAACAGCAACAGCAGCAGCAGCAACCACAACCACAAGUGCAGCAAGUCCCGCCGCCAGCACCACAGCAACAGUCCCAGCAACUGGUGUGGGGCAACGGUGGCCGAUGCACAGGGCCUUGCUGCAACCCCAAGGCGGCGGCGAUGGCACCUCCUCAGGCGGAGUUCGUGGCCCCUGGCUUGCCGCCGUCCUUGCUGGCCCGAACACCCACCAGGGGCACGGCUGGCGGCUCACCCAAGCUACGGGCAGCCAGAACGAGACGGGGUCUGUCAGUGGCCAGCAGUGUCAACUUGCCGGAUUAUCUUGGCAGCAGUCGGCCGGUGAGACUGGCAGGUGGAGCUGUCCAUGUCCAUCCACGCCCCAGGGCAUUAUCUACCUCUAUGGGGGCUCUAGCAGCCACGCCCGCGCCAUCCAUGGCUCACCAGCACAUGGGCAUGGGCGCUUCCCUCACCACUUCUCUAGAUCUGGCCAGGACGGAUCCCAUAACGCCCAGGUCAUUAAUGCCCGUCCAGCAGCAGCAGCAGCAGCAGCAGCAGCAACAAGCACAGUCACAGCAACAACAGCAAACCCAGCUACAGCAAGCACAUCAGCCAAUGCAGCAGGCGCCAACGGGUUCCACCGCGUCUCUCAUCUACACUGUUGGACUAUCGAGAGAUUCUGGGUGUUCUGUGGGCACAGAGACAGCGGGCGGCGAGUGGGCGUCAGACAGGACUCGUGGCCUCGUCGACUCAGGGUUCUGCACACCAGUCGAUCUGACAGACGACUUUGUCACAGAUACGCUUAACCUGAGUGGCGGCAGCUGGAAGGAGCCAUCCCUGCCGCUGCCUUCCUCCAUGACUUCCACCUCAAGCAGCAGCAGUAGUGUCCACACCUCCUCUCUCCUGCCGGGGACGACCCACACCUCCUCUCUCCUGCCAGGGGCGGCGCACGCCCAUCACUACCUCCCGCAGCCCUUAUGGAACUUGGCCUACUAAGGGUUCUACGCUUACCGAGCACCGGGGCCGCAGCCACAGGGGCCAGGGUAUCCCUCCCGCCGGGGACGCUGACGGGGACACCAUGACCGGUUUUGCCAAUAGAAAAUCAAGGCGAUGAAAGAUAUCUCCUUCAGAAGACGAGUGACUGACGCGAUGAAAGACUCGGUAAUGGGGUCAUGCAAUUUCCAGACGAUGUGACGGCCUGUUCAGCGACCGGUCCCCGGCCUCCCCUUUUUGCCUCUCACCUUUCACUCAGGAGUUCCUUAGAACCUUUUAUCGACUCUGAUUACUGUUACUGUUUACAAAGCUCACACUUCAGUCUCCUCCUUUGCUCAUAGCUUCCCCCCCUUGCCCCAGCCCGCGGCCCCCACGUGCCCUUCAGAACCAACACUGUGCUGUGAUAUGCCGUGCUGGCCUACGGAGCCUCGUCGCGAUUGUCAGUCCUCCUCGUCGUGGUCAUCGUCAUUAUCAAUGUCGUCGCCAAUCAUUAGCAUAGUAGCAAGAUGACCGACUGCAUGAUAGCUGGUGGCCUUUUGCGCCGCUGUGGUCGUCGCCUGGUUGCUAUAACAAUCGUCGUCACCUUGUGAUUGAAGGCUGCCGGGAGGCGUCGCGGUGGUGGCCGUGGCCUCACCGCUGCCUCCCGUACGCCUCCCCCAAUCCCCUCCUCCUCUUAUUAAAAGAACCAGUUGUGGUCGUCGUCGUCGUCGUGUCAAGUCGUCAUCGUAGUGAGUAGUAAAGGUAGAGUCAGCCCGAGUCACCGUGGAGGGUUGAGUGGUCUCUCUCCCCCUCGGGGCGGGCCCAGCGCCCCCCCCCCCCCCCAUGGGGGAGCCUCUCCUUU